AUGGUCCUGCUAAUUGUGACAAUGCGUCGGAGGAGGAAGGAGCCUCUGAUUCUGGAGGAGGAAAGGGACAUCAGAGAGAACAUCGUACGUUACGACGACGAGGGCGGGGGCGAGGAGGACACAGAGGCCUUCGACAUGGUUGCCCUCCGCAACCUAAACGUCAUCAGAGACCCCAACGUGCGGCGAGAUGUCACACCAGAUACUCCCACCUUCUUUCAUUACCCAUCAACCACUCGCCCGGCCUAUAAAUCCCUGCCGGACAACGUGGUGUUUCGAGAGUUUAUUUGGGAGCGACUUAAGGAUGCUGAUGUGGACCCGUCAGCUCCCCCAUAUGACUCUCUGCAGACAUAUGCGUUUGAAGGCAGCGGCUCUGUAGCAGAGUCGCUAAGCUCACUGGAGUCACUAAGUACAGACUCAGAUCAGAACUAUGACUAUCUCAGCAGCUGGGGACCACGCUUCAAAAAGCUGGCCGACCUGUAUGGCAACAGCGACGGCACCGGUGUCUUCUCUUAGCCCCUAAAUUUCUCUCCUAACAUUUCUUGGACUUAUAAAAAAAAUAAGAGUAAUAUAUUGUCAGAGAAAAUGAUUUUGUCUGCCUUAGUGCAUUGGAGGAAGAUUCAAAGACAACACAAGCGAGAUUGAAAGAAAAACACUUUGACUUCAAAGGUUUUCAGUUUGUUUACCUCCUUGUAUGGAUUUUCAAAAGCGUGCCAUGGUGAGUUUUGACACAGACUUCAAAAGUGGCUUGACUGAGGAGGAAACCUUGUGUGCAAAAGACAUUAAAGGUUUCAGAUUUUGGGCUUCAGUCCAACUAUUGACUGCAGAAUGCAUACAUGUUGGAGCAUUCUUAUGGGGAGGCACCUGUCCUUUCAUUCCAGCGAUGGGCACGGGCCCAGCACUCUUGCUUUGAUGCAUUCCUUUGCUAUCUUUGUGCUAAAAGAAACAUAAACGUUUCUCAUGAAAUGCUGUCUCCCUGGCGGCUAAUCAGCAGUCACUUGACUGUUCAUAUAAAAUUUGCCGAUUUCUAUGGGUUUUUAUUUUCUUC